AUGUCCGUCCAAGGUCGUCGAGCCAAUGCCCGUCUUCCUCCUGAAGUAAAUCGCGUCUUAUACGUGCGUAAUCUUCCAUUCAAGAUCUCAUCCGAGGAACUUUACGACAUAUUCGGCAAGUACGGGGCAAUCCGGCAGAUUCGUUUGGGCGUUAACAACGAUACGCGGGGGACGGCAUUUGUGGUCUAUGAGGACAUUUACGACGCUAAGAAUGCAGUGGACCAUCUAUCGGGUUUCAAUGUCUGUGGUCGCUAUCUGAUUGUUCUCUACUAUCAGGCGAACAAGAUGCAGCAACGCAAGAGUACGGCCGUAGACUUUGACAAGCAGAAACAGGAACUACAAGACCUAAAGGCCAAAUACGGUGUUGAAUAA